AUGAAUACGUGUUUUUUGUAAAACAAAUAAAGAGAGCUCACAGAAAAAAAAGUAAUUGAGUUUAUGAGAUAUCUAUUUGGAAUAUACUAUUAAUCUAAACGAAUUACAUUUGAAGAGAAGGAUUGGGAUUAAUUAGAAAAGUGGAUUGCUGCUUUUAAAAAAAUGUGGUUUACUUAAAAACCUAUUCAUAAGGUAAUUCAUAAAAUUGGAUCAACUGAAUAUUCUACAUUAUUGUUGCUUCCCAACCAUAACAUAAUUCGCUCAAUUACUAAUUCUCAAAAUACCAUGUUACUCAAAAAUUCUUCUCAUUGUUAUUAUAAUGAAAAUGAAUACUUAAUUCAAAAUUUCUGGAAUUAAUGUUCCGAUGUGAUUAAUCAGAGUAUGUUGAAAUUUACAGGAAAAAUGCAAUAAGAGUAAUCAUUUAUCGCAAAAAGACCAAAUGAUAGUAAAAUUUGGGACAAAUUUCUUGGUUUCAUAGAUCCUGUAUAUCUAAUCCCUAGAGGAUAAGGUAAACUAAGUAAUUAGGAAAGAUAAAUGCUAUUUGAAUGUGAUUAAUUUUUUUACACAAUUCCAAGUGCUAAAUUUACAUAUUCUGAAUUUGAUAUUUAGAAGUAGAAGGUUCAGUCCUGUCCUGGAGACGGAUCCGAUUUUAGAAAUAUUAAACCAAUUGUAGUUUCAGAUGAAUUUCAUAUUACUCCUAACUUUGCUAAGGCUCUAUUUGAUGGUGGAUGGUUAAACCAGAUUUUAGUUGAUUAUUUUAUUAGACAAUAUUAUCCACAAUAAUAACUAAUUAAUCAUAGGGAAGCAAAAUACUAAAUUGUUCUCAUGGAUACAAGAUAAGCUUAAGAUAUAUUUUCCAGCUAGAUCACUCAAGUUGACUAAAUUAAUUUGGAGUAUGCUAAUCAAUUUUUUAAUCCUAUAAAUUGUUAAGAAAAUAAAAGUUUGAGAUUAGUAAUUUUGAUAAAUGUUGAUAGAUGUCAUUUUAUUUGCAUUUGUAUCGAAGAAGAUACCAUUUAUAUUUUAAAUUCAAUGAAUUCUACUUGGAGUGAUGAAAUUGUAGGCCGAUAAAUAAGCAAAAUAUAUUCAUUAUUCAGAGAAAAGUAACGUCAAUUGAGGAACUAAUCUUGUUUUAUUGAAUAAUCUGCAAACUUCUUAGAAUUGGAACCUAAAUAAAAGGUAGUAAAAGUGCCUCAAUAAAGAAAUGCAUAUGAUUGUUCAAUUUAUACUUUAUUCAAUUCAAUGCAGUUGAUUAAACAUACUGAUAUUAGCGUUACUGAGAUUAAUUUCGAGGUAGGACCUAAACAGAUAUCCGAAUUACGUUUGCAAUUUCUCCAUGAGUUGGUUAAUAAUAAUGCAUUUCUAUCAAAUUAGAAAAAAUGGUAUCUAAAUAGUCGCUGA